UUCCGGGUGAGGUGAGGUGAGAUCAUGCGAACCUCACUGUGGGCCCCACGUCAGGAUGAGUAGGCCUGUGGGGUGAAAGUUUUGGGGACGCCAAAAGAAACACAAAACCCAUAACGAAAGGGAUCCCUCUGUCAUCAUGAAGGGGAGGGGAGAAGAAGGAGAUCAUGGCAAGGAAAUGAGCUGGUCUACUUACCUGCGAACGCAGCUGCCCCCACGCGUGCUCGGGCAUCCCCGCUGUCCCUCGAUCCCCUCAUCCCCACCAUCAACCCCACACACCAUGGAACCCUUCCCCACCCCCCCUUGAAUCCCACCCAAAACCCAGACCACACGAUGAUGGCAGCAGCAACAGCGGCGGCAGCAUCACCCAGACCAAAUGAUGGUGGCCUUUUCCUGCUCCCCGACGCCACCACCCCAUGAUGAGGGCCAAUCCGCCGUCACGCUCCAUCCGACGGCCGCUUUCCAAUCCCUCCCCGACCUGUGUGCUUCUCCCCAACGAUCCGACGGUAGUCGUGGAAGCGAUGGGGCGAGAAAAGGCGACGACUUUUCGUGCGUUGGAUGGAGGAGCAUCACGCGCAAUGAAGGGGGAAGAAGCGGGCGGGGGCGGCCGCGUGCGCGCACACACGUAUCCAUCCCGUUUGCCUGCCUCCUUCCCAUCUCCCUCCCCACGCCGCAUUAAUUGCCCUGCAUCGGUUUUAAUGGAAGUGCCGGAAAUAUAUCUCGGCUUCGGAGGUUCCCAUCAUUAGCUGCAUCCGAAGAAGGAAGACCGAGAUACAUAUAUAGAUCGCUGAAUUUGAUAUGCAGGGUCACAGGAAGCAACAUGCCGUGGGUGUCGCCGGCUGCGAAUUGCCACGGGAAGUGCGUUCGCUUGGUCGUCUUCUUUCGCGUCAUCCUGUAAAGUUCUCUGUCUACCUCUCUGUUGCCGUCCAGAUCUCAGAGACUUGACUCGAAACACAUGGUUGCAGGUGAGUGAGUCAGGCUGUUUGAGAUUGGUGAGAGAGGAGAUCUCUGAUUGCUGAGAAUGCACAUUGAGAUCGAUCUGAAGAGGCAUCGAACAGUGGAGAAGGUUGGAGAGACCAUAAUGCAUGUCAGGAUCAUUGCUUAUUGCCAAUUGUUGCAAGUUUGUCAGGCUGAGUACUUCCGUCAGCUGCUUAAGCCCGUAACGUAGGUGGAGACUGCUGCUUUCUUCUUCUUCUUCUUCUUCUUCGUCUGUCAAAUUCCUAACUCAUCAGUGAACACCACCACCACCCACGAUCGACGACGACGGCAGUGGAGUAUGAAGAGGAACACGAGAUACUUUGGUGGAAAGAAGGCUCCUUCGGAGGAUGCAUAUGACUCCACUGCAGGUGCGCCUGUUGCAGGGCACGAGCCCCAUGGAUUCCCUGGGCCGCUCAACAACAUCCAGUUCCAGCCGUCGGAGACGUGCCCCAAGAACAUGGUCAUCUUCGACCAGACACAUCAGCAGAGCCGGGUCAUGUUCCACCCUUGGCUGGCCCACAAGCUUGGCUCGCCCAGCUUCGAUGCCUACGGAGCUAACGCCCACGAGGCCGGCAAGAGCGGGUACGGCAACGACGAGGAGGAGGCGGAGGACAUCGACGCAUUGCUGAGUUCCGAAGAAGGUGAGGAAGAUGAGGUGGUCAGCACGGGGAGGUCGCCGUCCAAAAAGGAGAAGAUGAAGAAGAUGGUAAAGACGCUGAAGGGAAUCGUGCCCGGCGGCGACGGCAUGGACACACCUGCUGUGCUUGACGAAGCCGUGAAGUACCUGAAAUCUCUCAAGGUCGAGGUGAAGAAGAUGGGGAUGAAGCACAACUGAAGGCGGUCAAGCUUGAGGAAACCUCGAGAGGCUGUGCUGUGCUGUGCUGUGCAUGCCGUCUUGCUGUAGUUGUGGGGUGACUGAAAUGUGUUGGUCUUCUUCGUUGAGUACAGUGCUUGUAUUGUGUUUUGUUGUUCUGCCAUGGCAUUGAUGCAGGGGGAAUUUUGCCCCACUCUGUUUUGAUAUUGUGGCUUUGUACUACAAGAUUGUGGUUUUAGUACUCUGUCUUCUCUCU